CGUGCACCAAAACCCUUGGACAACAAAAGCCCACCCAAACCCAAAACAAAGCGACACUGUGCCAUGGAUUCCCUCAUCGUCUCCGCCCCCGUCCAUGGCGGCCGAGCCCUCCUCUCUCCUCUUCCUCCCUUCCUGACGCGAUCGUCCUUUUCUCCCAAACUCCUCCGCUUCGCCAAAACCAGGGUUUCCAGGGUUCCCGUGGCGAAGGCUUCGUCCUCCGGGUCGAACCCCCUCGCUCCGCUCUCUGGACACGUCCGUGCCGCCGUCUCCGGCGCCGUCCUCCUGGCCACUGCCACCGCAGCCCUCGUCUCCGCUAGCAUUCGCCCGCCGAUCGCCCGCGCCGACCCCACCGCGUUCCCGGUCGCCGAGGGUGAAUCCGACCCCUCGGUCCUCUCCCGAUUCCUCGAUUCCAGCUCCGACGGCGUCGACGCACUCCGCUCCCUGCUCUAUCAAAAGCUUGAGGCUGGGGACGACACCGAGGGCCUUGCCAUCCUCCAGCGGCUUAUUGCCGCUCAGCCCGCCGAGACCGAGUGGAAGUUCCUGGCCGCGCGGCUUCUCAACGAGAUGGGCGAGGCCUCCGAGUCCCGCCGCCUCUACGAGGAGAUCCUCGCUGUUGACCCCCUCUCCUUCGAGGCUCUCUUCGACAACGCCGUCCUCAUGGACCGGUGCGGUGAAGGGGACGCCGUGAUCCAGCGACUGGAACAGGCUCUGGAGCUCGCAAAGGCCGAGCAGAAGGAGAAGGCCGCAAGGGACGUGCGGCUAAUCAUGGCCCAGAUACAGUUCUUGCAAAAAAACGUAGAUGAAGCGCUGUCGAGCUACGAAGGCCUGGCGCAGGAGGAUCCCAAGGAUUACAGGCCUUAUUUCUGCCAGGGAGUGAUCUAUAGCUUGUUGGGUAAAAACAAGCAGGCGAGAGAGAAGUUCUCCAAGUACCAUGAGCUUUCGCCGAGGAAGUUUGAGGUGAAUGCAUACUUGCAGACACCGCUAUCGAGGAUGAACCUGUUCAGCACAGGAGAUUCUUAGAUUCGAAGGCCUAAAUUGCCCGCUUUUAUUUGCCAGUAGAGAUGAAAGUCUAGAAUAAUUGCAGAGGUAAGCGUCUCUUGCUUGAGGACUUGAAUGGUUCAGGGUUACUUCCUCUGUUUCACAGCUGCUAUAACUCCUAAGGUUCUGGAUGAAAAGUUGGUCAAUACAAUUUUAGCUAUUGGAUAAUUUUUGGCUUUGUACUCUUUUCUUUCUUGAAUUUAGGGAACAACAUUUCUGCAUCAAGUGCAUGUGGUAAUUGGUAGGGUUUGACAACUUCUAUGACAACUCAUGUUUAUACGAAAAAGUUAAGAGGAU